UUUCCUACGUCAUUUGAAGCCACCGGAAGAGUGAGUUAUCUGUCCCCGCCCCGACUGCUCAGUCAAUCCAACCUGAAGAGAAGGCGAGUCCACGGCUAAAAAUAUAAUAGCUAACACAAGAUGGCCGGUUUGCCUCGUAGGAUUAUAAAGGAGACACAGCGGUUGAUGGCAGAGCCUGUUCCAGGGAUCACGGCUACGCCUGAUGAAGGGAAUGCACGUUACUUCCAUGUGGUCAUUGCAGGGCCUCAAGACUCUCCUUUUGAAGGGGGCACAUUUAAACUUGAACUAUUUCUUCCAGAAGAGUAUCCCAUGGCAGCUCCCAAAGUGCGAUUCAUGACCAAAAUCUACCACCCCAAUGUUGACAAACUGGGAAGAAUAUGUUUAGACAUUUUGAAAGAUAAAUGGUCUCCAGCCCUGCAGAUCCGUACAGUGUUGCUAUCUAUCCAGGCAUUAUUAAGUGCUCCCAAUCCAGACGAUCCCCUGGCAAACGAUGUCGCAGAGCAGUGGAAGAAAAACGAAAGCAAUGCCAUUGAGACAGCCCGAGCAUGGACCAGGCGAUACGCAGGCAUCAUUACGUCCCGAGCAUGGACCAGGCUCUACGCGGGCAACACUGAAGUAUAGAAGAAGAGAGACGAUGCGUCUGAAUGUGAUCCACAAAAUGUACUCCUAUACUGUCAACAUUUGAAUUUACCGGACACAAAAAAAAGAGAAAAAAAAAAAAGAUUAUAAGUCCAAAUCUAUUUGAAAGAAAUGACAAGAUUUUCUGCUGCAGACCUCUGGGUGACUUAUUUUCCUCUCUAAGAUGCGUUAAGUGUGUGUUAGCCUUUCUUUUCUUUUUCUUUCCUGUGUUGCUAUUUAAAUGCAUGGGCAGAGAAUGACACCCUCCCCGCGACAGUCUUAAAAAUAACAUGCAAUAUGUUUUCUGAACUAGGCACAUACUGGUACGUUUGCAUAUAUAUAUUUAUAUGCAUUAAAGCUGUUAUUUUAACACAUGCAUUACUUGUCAACACAUCUGUAUGUCUUUUGUGAGAUAUGACAUGUUCUGUUAUUUAAGCACAGAGUGUACAGCUGCCCCCAUUCCCACCCACCACUACUAGUAAGAAUGAAGUUUUCUCUUUACUCUUUUAAGAAGUAUGGGUUUUAGGAAAAUAGCCCACACAUGCAACAAGAAGGUUAGUUGGAUUUCCACUCCUGCGUGUCUGUGCAUACCAACCCGUUACAACACUGAAUGUUAAGUUGGUGUUGCAGCUACUUCAUCAUCUCAAGAGCACAUGAGGCACUUAAUACUGAGAGCAGAGCGGAAACUCUUAAGUGUUUUCAUCGCACAGCAAAGACUAUCUUAAUUUUAAAAUUGGACAUCAAAGCGUGUCUAUGUGAAGGGGGUCCCACACAGGAAGUACUUCCUCAAACCUGCUCUAUUAUCCCACAUAAACCGUCGAAAAAGACACUUUCUGUAACUGCAGCGCAAAUAAAGUGACAUUUUGAAGAAUUGGAUGAUGAAAAUACAGAGGUCAUCAUCCACAGAGAACUGAGGGGGGUUCAUUCCUACAGUUUUACUAUAAAAUAAAUUUAGAAGCGAGACACUGAAGGUUGCUGUGUACCUGCCAAAUUAUCCGGUAGAGGACACUGCUGAAGAGCCACGACUAACAUUUAAGCAUUUGGCAGAUGUAAUUUUAUCUCUUCAUUAUUGACAUGUUAACAUUGGUCUUAGGUUGGCAUAACUAUUGUGCGGUGAUGAUCCCAAUUAGGUGAGGAUUGUGCUUCUAAUAAUCCAAAAUUUAAUGAUUUAAUGUCAUGUUUUGUUCUAUCAGUUCGUCUUGUUUCUGCAGCAGUAUGACUAUUUUUUUUUUUUUUUUUGCCGCAUCGUAAAAAAAAGUUUCUACACUUUGUUCUCAGAUACUGCCUGUGUAAUGUUUCAUUCACCCAUGGGUUUUCUCACAUCUGUACAUGUUCCAGUAAAAAUCUUCUUUUCAAACCCUGAUAGACAGUUUGGGGAGGGUGAGCAGGUUCUUUCUACACACUUAAAAAAAACUAAAAACAAAAAUACAUUGCCAACACAUUCAGAAAGGUAGAAUGACGCAAGUUCUUUGUGUUGAAAAGGAGCCUUAUGCAUGUUAUAGCAGACUACUAAAAUGUGUUGAAAAUGUCUUUCUAAUUUUUAUUAAGGGUGUAGGACAUUGGGCUGUUUUUGUUUUUAUUUUCCUUUAACUGUCUGUCCAUGCUAUCUAUGUUGCCUCUUCUCUAUUUUUCUUUUCAGUGUUACUUCAUUUAAAAAAAGAAAAAAAAGAAAGAAAUGUACCAUAAUCAAACUGGUAUUGGGACAUUUCCAAACUAGUAUUCUUCAGGGUGUUUAUGAGAGUUGGGAGGUUGAGUUCUCUUUAAAGGGAAAGUUGAGGCUUUUUUUUUUUUUUUUUUUUUUUAAAGGUUUUGUCAAUUACAAAGUUGUUUUUCACCUUUUUUUUAUGAGUUGGUCUUAACCUGCUUUUACUCUUUCUAUGAUACUGAACUGUGAUGAUUAUGCAAGUGAAUUUAGUUGAUUGGGUCAUUGUGGUAGCAGGCAAAAAAAGAGUGAUAUUGCAAAUAAAACGUAUUCAAGAUUAAAGGACCUUACCGUGCUAUUACAGAUUUUCUAUUGGCUCCAAAUUGCACGCAUUGAAACCUUGUGUCAAAUUCUACAUUGGGAUUUGUUGUUGACGAAGACUUCUAAAAGUCCUUAAGCUUUCCUUUUUUUAAAAGAUGCUGCGUUUAUGGGUUAGAGGGAUCAGUGUGACAUAUCGUGGCUUGAAAGGCUCACCGUCUCCAUCACUUUAAACCCUCCGUGGACUGAGGACUGUAAGGUUAUAUUGUAGUAAAACAUUUUGUUAAGCGUUGUCUUAUUUUAUCUUUUCUUGCUCUCCGUUGGAUUAUCGCAGGCUUGGUGUCGCGUAGAUUUGUUUGUGGCCCGUCCUCACCCAGAAUUAACUGUUUUGAACCGCUUCAUUUACUCAAGUCUGGAAGAUGAAGCACGGCUUAAACACCUAGUUAAUUUAUUGUUUCCCUAAGGGACUUGUCAGUAAUCUAUACCAAGAAACAGUCACUGAUUGGAUUUUUAAACAUCUAGAUCAAAAUACGGAAAGACCCAACUCUGAGUGAUUAAUCAGCUCCCCCUGUGUAAAACGAGAAGAGUUCUGUCAGUAACUUCAGUACAUUUGCAUACAUGGCUCUUCAAAUACUCUGUAAAUAAACUGAGUUGAGUAAGUAA